AAGUGCGUGUUAUUCUUGUUAACUGCCAAAAGGGAGCAUUCUCUUGAGUAAAAUUUAAUAUAAUGGGAAUAAAAGUAAACAAUAUCUUGCCCUAUGAUGCCUCCCUGCUCAAGGUAAACUUUUCACUGCCUGAACUCAAUAAGAAUGCAUUGAGCUUAUCAGAAAACUCGACUGUGACGGGUGAUUACGAAGUCGCGUGGGCUCUCAAGGCCUUAAUGCUAACGGACCUGACCACCCUGGCUGGAGAUGAUACUGCCUCCAAUGUGAGGCGGCUUUGUGUGCGGGCGAGUUUGCCCUUUGAACCUCAACUUCUUGAGAAAUCUGUCGAGGAGAGCUUGCUCCCAGACAUUCAUUGUGCUGCUGUUUGCGUCUAUCCCGCGCGUGUAGCAGACGCAUACAAGGCACUGAAGCAGCUUGACAAAUUGAAUGAGAUAUCAAUAGCUGCCGUGGCCACUGGCUUCCCUACCGGCCAAUAUAGUUUGAAGUCACGUCUGGAGGAAAUCAACUACGCUAUCGAAUCUGGUGCCACAGAGAUUGAUAUCGUUAUCAAUCGACCGCUGGCGCUGGUGGGUGACUGGGAAGGCGUAUACAACGAGGUGGUCCAGAUGCGUAAGGCCUGUGGCGAUCGUGCACAUCUAAAGACCAUCCUGGCUAUUGGUGAACUGGGCUCCAUGGAAAAUGUAUAUAAAGCUUCCAUGGUGUGCAUGCUAGCAGGAGCAGACUUCAUCAAGACAUCCACAGGCAAGGAGGCGGUAAAUGCGACACUGCCCGUUGGCCUGGUCAUGAUAUAUGCCAUACAGGAGUUUAAGCGACGCACUCAGCAAAUUGUGGGCCUGAAGCCAGCGGGCGGUGUACGAACUGUGCGAGACGCCAUUGCCUGGAUGACGCUCAUCAAGAAUACUCUCGGCAUGAACUGGCUGCAGCCCGAGCUCUUCCGAUUCGGUGCCUCGGGUCUGCUCGAUGAUAUUGAAAGGGUUGUGCGCGAGGGCAUCGCUCAGCACGCUUAACUGACAGCAGAUUCGGAUUGCCACACGAAGCAUUCCCAAAUGAAGCUUUACACGUAAUUAUGAUUGAACUAAACACUUUGUUUGGUCUACUGAGCAUUUAUCCCCGUAAUUGAGUAAUAUGUAACUGUAUAAAUAUAUUUUUGUAUUUUUGUAACCGAC